AUGGACGACAACGAUGACGACAACGACCAUGACAACGACGACGACAACGACGACGACAACGACGACAACAACGACGACGAGAACGACGACGAGAACGACGACGACAACGACGACGACAACGACGACGACAACGACGACGACAACGACGACGACGAUGACGACGACGACGAUGACGACGACGACAACGAUAACGACGACGACAACGACGACGACAACGACAAGGACAACGACGAGAAUUAA